AUGGGGUUGGAGCUGCUGGGCCAGGGCCACAACCUGGUGAUCAGCACCGGCACCGCCAGCGGCAAGUCACUGGUCUUCCAGGCGCCCACCCUGCACCAUCUGGCCACCCAUCCCAACGCUACGGCCAUUGCCAUCUACCCCAUCAAGGCCCUGGCCCGGGACCAGGUCCUCCGCUGGCGGAACAUGGCGGAAGCCGCAGGGCUGGACCCCGCCGGCAUCAACCGAAUCGACGGCGACGUGCGGGACCUCACCGAGCGCCGGCUUAUCCUGCAACGCACCCGCCUCGCCCUGAUGACCCCCGACGUGAUCCAGCAGUGGCUGAUGGCCUACUCGGAGCCCCUCUACGGCAGGCGGCCGCUGCGCCACGACCUCAGGGAGGUGCAGAACACCCAGUACAACGUGCGCCGGUUCCUGUCCAACCUGGCGUUUCUCAUCCUGGACGAGGCCCACACCUACGACGGCGCCCUGGGCACCCACUGCCUCUACCUGCUGCACCGGCUGCAGCAGAAGCGUAGGGAGCUGAUGGCGCAGUUCGAGCCGCUACGAAUGAUCGCGGCCAGCGCCACCAUCCACAACCCGGCCCAGCACCUGGAGACCCUGGCCGGCCUGCCCUUCCAGGUGGUGGAUGACCGCUACGACGGCAGCCCCCGGGCGGAGCUGACGGUGCAGCACGCCGUCGGACGGGAACCCCACGACGAGGGCUGGCGGGACCUGCAGGCAGCGGUGCGGGAGGUCAUCAACGACGAUCCCGACCGGUCGUACAUCGCCUUUGUGGACGACCGGCAGCUGGCGGAGCGCGCCGCGGCGGGCAUCGAGGCCGCCCGCAGCAUCACCGAGGACGCCAUCAUCGUGGAGUCCCGGGACGCCAUGGCGUAUCGCUCCGGGCUGAUGCAGCGGGAGCGGAUCGAGGAGGCGCUGCGUGCCGGAGACAUUCGGGGCAUCGCCAGCACCAGCGCCAUGGAGAUGGGCAUCGACAUCCCCGACCUGCAGGUGGGCUUCAACCUGGGGCUGCCCCACUCGGUGGGACGCAUCAGGCAACGGGCUGGCCGGGUGGGGCGCAACAGCCCGGGCCGUUUUAUCAUCAUCGCGCCGCGCCGCGCCUUCCAGUUCCACGAGGAUAGCCUGGCGGCCUACUGGCGGCAGCCGGUGGAGCCGGCCCGGCUGUAUCCGUCCAAUCCCAACAUCAGGAACACCCACGGCCGGUGCCUGGCCAAGGAGACGGACCUGAACGGCACAGAGCGGUCGAUACCGUCGCCCACGGACGCCUGGCCGGAGCAGUUGCCCCAGACGCUCCGGGAAAUCGCCCGGGGCGAGCACUACGCGCCGGAGUUCCAGACGGGAGACCCGCAACAGCCUCACCGCAACGACAUCAGGGACGCCGCCGACGGGCGGGCGCGAAUCCUGCAGGUCAUGCCGGGCGGCGAGACGGAGCUCCUCACCAGCGAGGUCACCCGCCGGGAGGCGGCCCGGGACGCCUAUCCCCUGGCCACCUACUUCCACGCCAAGCAGUCCUACACCAUUGAGGGCUGGCGCGAGUCCGGCGGUGAGACGGUGAUCACCGCGCGUCACGCUCCGCCGCGGGAAACCCGUCCCAUCAUACAGAACGGCGCCACCGUCACCCUGCAGCAGCCCCGGGUCUCCGAACAGGGACACCUGGAAUACUGCGCCCACGCCCGAGCGGUGGCCUGGGAGCGGAUCGUCGGCUGCUCCGUGCGCGAACCGGGCGACAGCGAGUGGAGGGACGUUCACUACGGCGCCGAGGGUAUCCCCGAGGUGGUCACCAACCUGCGUACCACCGCCACGGUGGUCAUCAUUUGGGAGGACUGGUUCGACGACACGAACACCCGGAGGGACGUGGCCCGGGCCCUCCGGACGGUCAUGUGCAGCCGGGAGUCGAUCCAUCCCGCCGACAUCCGCACCACGCACCAGAACGUCCAGGUGGUCCGCGACGGGCGCAGCAGCGAGGUGAACCGCGCCAUUGUCAUCUGGGACAAGGUGGGCGGCGGGCUGGGAUUGACGAAGGCCGUGGCCGACAACCUGGGCCGCUACGCCCAGGCGCUGCUGGAGAUUGCCCGCCAGCCGGUACCGCGUUCUGAGCGGGAAAGACUGCUCAGGGAGGACACCGCCGCUGCGCUGCACCGCUGGGCGGCCAGCGUGGCACCUCACACCCUGGAUCCUGAGCAGACUCCGGUCAUCACCGAGUACGCCGGCGCCACCUUCCGCAGCCAGCUGGAGGCCCGCUGGGCGGCUUGUUCGACAAACGGGGAAUUGCCUGGGAGUACGAACCGGCCCGGUUCGACGGGUGGACACCGGAUUUCCGCCUGGUGA